UUGAUGCCCAUCUUCAUCUUUUUCAUGGUCCCUUUUCUUCUUCGGAUCUUGCCCGAACACACCCAUGUUCUUCUAGAAGCCUUUUUGCCCGAAAUCUCACAUCACAUAUCCACAAACUAGUGUUUAUCAAGAAUCAGGAUCAUAAUAUCUUCUGCAUAAAAAAGCGAGUAUAUCAAGCGGAAGAGGAGAAAGGGUCUUCGCCUGUAAUAACCAAUCUUGAUUUUCUUCUUCUCUGUAGUUGUUUGUUGUACAAGUAUUUUCUUAUACGGGUUUUGGGUCAACCAUAUGGAUCUCAUCCCGGGUCUGCCGGAUGAUCUUGGGCUCGAGUGUCUGGUCAGGGUUCCCCACCAGUAUUUCUCUUCUGUUUCAUCAGUCUGCAGGAGUUGGAAGCGCCGGAUUGAGCUCCCGGAGUUCUGGCGGCACCGGAAAGCCUCCGGUUUGACCCGGAAGGUCAUCGUCAUGGCACAGGCCCGGGUCGACCCGAACCGGGGACUUGGAGCCAAGAAGCAUGCCCCAGUUUAUAGGCUGACCAUUUGUGAACCAGAAACGGGUUACUGGGCGGAGCUGCCGCCGAUACCCGGUGGGUUGCCGAUAUUUUGCCAAUUAGUUGGGGUUGGGCUGAACCUGGUGGUGCUGGGCGGGUGGAACCCGGUGACUUGGGAGGUCUCAAAUGGCGUGUUCAUUUACAACUUCAUUUCUGCCACGUGGCAUCGUGGGGCCGACAUUCCGGGGUCUAAGAGAUCGUUCUUUGCUUGUGCGUCGGAUUCCGACCGAACGGUGUUUGUGGCUGGAGGACACGAUGAGGAGAAGUGCGCGUUGAAGUCCGCAUUGGCGUAUGACGUGGCGGAAGACAAAUGGAUGACCAUGCCUGACAUGGCAAGAGAACGCGAUGAAUCAAAAGGAGUAUUUAAUCGUGGCAAGUUCCAUGUCAUCAGUGGAUACAGUACCAACGCGCAAGGCCAGUUCGAGACCAGUGCUGAGUCAUUCGACAUUGCCACCUGGGAAUGGGCACCAGUGCAAGAGGAUUUCUUGAACAAUCCCAUGUGUCCAAGGAACUGCGUCGACGAUGGAAAUGGAAAGUUGUUGAUGUGCAAUGAUAGUCAUGUGAUAGUGGGACAAGGAUCCACAUGGGAAGCAGUGGCGGAGUUACCUAAUAAUAUUCGAAACAUGGGAUUGAUGACAGCGUGGGAGGGCAAAGUGGUGAUAAUUGGGUCAGAAAGAUUUGGAGCGGCCCACGAGAUGUUGGUACUAGAUUUGAAGAGCUCUAAGUGGAAGAAAGUGGAGGUAGAAGAGGAUUUCACAGGCCAUGUUCAAUAUGGAUGCUGCCUGGAAUUGUAAUCAACUGUAGUAGGUUUUAGAGUGACAACAACAAUGUAAAAAAGGGAAAAUUUUGCACUCUAUUAGUGUAUGAUCAGCCUUAGCUGAAAUGCUAUAACAAAUCUUGAAUUGAUGAAGUGCAUUUUUCCAAGUAUA